CCAACCCUGUUAGAAACGUUUCAUCUCUAACUGCGAUAAUAAGGAAACGUACGCCAGCUGAUUUUAGAGAUUUCGACAUUAUUUUAACUUUGUAUAACACACACCAAGGAAAUUAAGAAAUUUAAAAUGUUCAAGGAUGAUCGGGAAUUGGACUUGUCCAAUGCGGGAAGAGGUGUUUGGCUGGUUAAAGUACCGAAAUAUAUUGCUCAGAAAUGGUCAAAAGCUCCUUCAAAUAUGGAUGUGGGAAAAUUGCGUAUAAGUAAAACACCGGGACAAAAGGCGCAAGUGUCCUUAUCGCUUACACAAGCUGUAGUUAACGUGGAUCCUGAAGAGAAAAUUCCUACUGAACAUAUAUUAGAUGUUUCUGUGGUGACCAAACAGACAUUAGGUGUGUUUUCUCAUGUUAUGCCACCGGAGUCAACUAACAUGAGUAAUGGCAAGGAAAAGGAACCUCAUCCGAUUAGUGACGCGGAAAAGCUGUAUAUGGAAGGUCGUAUUGUUCAAAAGUUGGAGUGUCGACCUAUUGCCGACAAUUGCUAUAUGCAAUUAAAACUUGAAUCAAUUCGAAGAGCAUCGGUGCCACAACGCAAAGUACAACCCAUAGACAAAAUAGUACAAAACUUUAAGCCUGUUAAAGACCACGCACACAAUAUUGAAUACCGGGAACGAAAGAAAGCUGAAGGAAAGAAAGCCCGUGAUGACAAAAAUUCUGUCAUGGACAUGCUCUUUAAUGCAUUCGAAAAACAUCAGUACUAUAAUAUUAAAGAUUUGGUGAAAAUAACCAAACAGCCCAUAGGUUAUCUCAAAGAAAUUCUCAAAGAGGUGUGUGACUACAACAUGAAGAAUCCCCACAAAAACAUGUGGGAGCUAAAAAAAGAAUAUCGUCAUUAUAAGAGUGAAGAAAAAAAAGAUGAUGGAAAAGUUCUAACAGACAGCGAUUCGGAUUAAGAGAAAAAAGUGUUAUUCAAAGUAAAUAGGUGUUUAUUUUUAUUAAUAAAAAGUUUUCUUUUAUUACAUUACAA